AUGCCGCCCAAAGUCACGAAUCUCACUGCCUUCAAGACGGCCCCUGGCAACACCAAAAAGGGCCUAUCUCACUCGAUUCACAGCCCGCAAGCAGACGAUGGCCCCCAGAUACGACCGACACACUUCAUAAUCCGCGAAGGCAACCCUGGGGACAUCGUACCUGUCAUACCAGUCGACCUGCUCCCAGACUAUGUAACCAUUGUUGGCCUGUCGCGUACGCUGACCAUCAACGAUACCACUGGCAUGUCGAACCUGGGCACAUUCGCGAAGCCACAAGGUCACUAUCAGCUACAAUUCGUGUCUCCAGCGCAUGAUCGUCCCACCGGAGGAGAUCCUGAGAGCUUGGAUGCUGGUUGUCUUGUCGAACCUCAGCGGCCUGGGUCUGACGUUGCAAAGGUCGGCCAAGGAACUGGCAAACAGUACCAUGUGGCAAAGAGCAACGGUGUCAACGCAUCGUCAACAUCAGCCACCUCGCAGUCAACUCCCAGAACAGUGGCCAAAGCCCCUCCCCUCGCUCCAGCUCCUUCGCCCCGGGUCCUCGACUGGGCCGAAGACGACACGGACUCGGUCUCGACAGACGACUUCUCCUCCGCAGAGCUCUCCGCGCCAGACACCUCGUCAAAGUCCUCCUCCGGCUCCAGAGACAAACGAAAGCCUUUCCGACGAGUCCAGGCCCUGGCCCCGGCAUCGGCCGUGAUCAAGGAGAAAUCAGACGCCGAGAUCGCGGAGCGCAUGCUCGAGCUAGGCCGCGUCCAGCAGCACGCCGCCACCCGCAACCACCACCACCAUCCCGCCCAGGCCCUGGAGACGACGGUAGCAGCGACGGCGGCAUCUCACAGCAGCGACGGCAGCACCAGCACCGCCGCCGCCGGAGCCCCAAAGCCUACCCCUCCCAAGCCCGCCGCAGGAAAGCAAAAGGUAGUCCGGCCAGACGGCAGCCUCUGCCGGCACUGGUGCCGGACAGGCCAAUGCAGCUGGGGCGCCGAGUGCCGCUACACGCACCAGAUGCCCCUGACGCUCGAAGGGCUCGCGGACGUCAACCUGUCGGAGCUGCCGUCCUGGUGGCGUAAGCAGGCCGGUUUGCCUGCCGAGGGGACCAUUGACCCGCGCAUCUUUGCUGUUGCCAUCGUUCCUGCCACUGGGUUGAAGAAGAGCAGCAGCAGCAGCAGCAGCAGCAGCAGCAGCAGCAGCAGCAGCCCCUUUCCGACGGCGCUGGGUGGCGUGAACACUGCUCCGCCGCCGAUGAUGGCUCUUGAGACGUCAAGAAAGGUUGCUAGGGUGAAGCCGGGGAAGGCUGAGAGAAGAAUGGCGAGGGAACUUCGAGGCGUGCCGUUUGGGGUUGAGGGGGCGCGGGCGGGGAUGGGGUUGUCGCCUGUUAUUGCUGUCGGCAGUAAGAAGAAGUUGAGCUUGGGGCGGCUGCAGAGCCGGACGAUGGAGGUUCAGCAGGUUGAUGAGGUUGUUGAGAAGCUUGUUGAUAUUUGA